AGAGAGAGAGAGAGAGAGAGAGAGAGAGAGAGAGAGAGAGAGAGAGAGAGAGAGAGAGACAGACAGACAGACAGACAGACACCACACACACGCGCAGAUGGUCUUCUGAAGUGCAGACGGCUUCAAAUCGCUCCAGGUUAAUUGGACAAGAUGGUUUUUAGUGGUCGAGAAGGAGGAGAGGGAGAGAGCGUCAACGUCCAGGCAGUUCAGGAAGAGCGUCAGCAGUUACCGUGUGCAGAUCUGCAAACGCAGGGAUGGGAAGCGUGCAGUGUUUGCGGAGCCACGCUGAGCUCCGGCGCCGCACCAAAACUCCUUCCGUGCCUCCACGUUGUCUGUAGAUCGUGCGUUACACAGAACAAUGGCGGAAACACCAAAGAUUGCCAAGUGUGUGGCCAGUCUUUCAGCCUGUCAGAAGUCACAGAUUGCUUCAUUUUUGAGGACUCUGCUCCUAAGUGUGGAGGAUGUGAGGAGUCUGCACUCAGUGGCUGGUGUGUGCAGUGUGAAGAGGCUUUGUGUUCCGACUGUGUACUGGCCCACCAGCGGGUGAAGGUGACACGUAAUCAUACAGUCAUACCAGAGGUACCUCCAUCAGGGUUCACUGCCAGCUUGCACUGUGCUUCACACAGGCAGGAACGACUCAAGUUCUUCUGUCUCACCUGUGAUGAGCUCACCUGUAGAGACUGCCAGCUUAUUAACCACAGAGGCCACAGUUUCCUGUUGCUGGUGGAAGCCCUAGUGUCUCAGAAAGAGCAGCUGCAAGGGCUGUUGAACCGCAUCAGAGAACAGAGGAGUGGUGUGAAAGCCAGCCUGUUGGAUGUGGAUGGAAGAUUGCAGAACAUACAAGAAUCAAAAGCUGCAGCAAAGAAGAAAAUAAUUAGCUUGGUGCACAACAUGCGCUCGAUGAUGUUGUUAAGAGGUCGGCAGCUGUUUAAAGAAGUGGAGGGCCUGUAUAAAGAGGAAGAGAAAAGUCUGAUGGAGAUGAAGACUACUCUGAGAUGUCUGGAGAACAGGCAGGAACACAUUACUGCCUUCAUUCAGAAGGUAUUGGGCACUGAGGGCCAAUGCAUCCUGCUGCACAAAAAACAAAUUCGUAAACGGGCGGAGGUGCUUCUAUCGCAGAAGACAUGCCAGUGUGAAACUAUACUUCAUCCUUUACUCUUCCUGAACAACGACCUCUACAAGAUGUGCAAAACAUUUGGUUCAGUCAAGGCCAGCAGAGUUCCAUUUACCUCUGCAAGGGAAAACAAAAACAACAUUAAUCUUAAAGAAGCACCCAAUGAAAACGACUGCUCUUCAGGAUUAAACUUCAAGUCUGUUGCAGUCCCCCAGUUAUUAGCCCACUCACAAUCCAAUAGUGCCCCUGAGCAGUCUCUGAGUAAGGUGUUUGUGUGUGACUCAUUGAAACCAGCACAGCCCAGUCAAGUGUUGUCAGACUCUGUUUUGCCUCUAGCAGUUACAUCAGACCAUGUCCAGUCUAAAGCUCCUAGUGUUAGCUGUACUUAUGCUCCCUCUGUUUCCACUCUUGUCCAGGCCCCUAAAUCUGUACCUGCUCACUCAAGACUCACUUUGCCUCAGUCUACCUCAUCUCGGGCUGUCUGCCUUCUGCCCUCCCAGUCAAGGGAGGUUGUCAGAAGCCUAUCUCAUCAUAACCCUCUUGAUUCACCAUCUCAGCCCCAGUCUCUUUCUGCUAUACCUGACCAGCCUGUUUGUAAAAAUGCUGUUUGGUUUCCUCCAUUGCAAGGGAAAAAAAAACAUUCUAUGUCUGUUCAGCCUCUAUCUUCUCUGCCUGGUAAUGUUCCUUCUACAGCGUCUCAUCUGAGCUUUACUUCUUCCAUGGCCCAUCACUCAGCCUCGCUCCACAAUGCCACAUCCCAGUAUUUUAAGCCCAGUAACACUGUUACCACCCAGUCUCCCUCUCUCACACGCAGCCUUCCUGGGUCUCAAUCUGUUCCCUCUCUCUCUACUCUAGCUCCCCCUGCUCUUUCUGGCCAGGGCGUGCCUAAUCCUCAGCCAAAUACGUUGUCUCACCACACACAGCAAAGUCUUCCUUUAUCUCAGUACAUUUCUGUUCCAUCUCAGGCUUUGCACCCUCACUGGCCUCCUUUAGCUGUUCCCGCUACUGGACCCUUGUCUGUCUGUCAAGCCCCCCCUAAUCCUCAGACUGUAAUUUUGCAACAUGGUCAGCCUGUUGCUGUCCCAUCCAGUCCUAUAGUCUUCACAAUUCUCAAAAAUAAAAAUACUUUUCACCCCUUCUCUCCAUUUCCAGCUGAAAAUCAGACCUCUGUCGUCACCUAUACACAACAGCCAACUGUCCUACUCACAGCACCAGUCAGUGUGCCUACAUUAGCUGCGACCUGUAUUGUACCAAACGCCCCUACUGCCAGCACGUCAACGGAAAAUGAGAAAUCAUUGCAUCCUGUCUCAAGCAAAGUGUCUUGCUCCCCUCUGCCCAGUCUCCCAAAUAUCUCUGUUCUGCCGGGCAGCGGUAAUACUGUUUCUAGCAAGGCUCUGCACCAUGCUGCUCAAAAGCCUUGUGUUUCCAACAACCCAGACCAAAGUGAACAUGCCACUCAGCCUACCCAAAAGCCCCAGUGUGAGCUUCCAGUGCAGGCACCAGCUGAUUCUGUGUGCGAGAGGGACAUUAGCACACAUGGCAGGGUUUCUCCUGCUGUUGAGGAGCAAGAUGACAACCUACCCACUUCCACCGUGUCUGAGACGGACACCAGAGAACUCCAAGAACAGUGCAUGCCCUUAUCCACCUCACCUGAUCUCAUUUCUGCUGUUCCAGUACCAGAAUGCCUUCCCAACAAGAAAUCCCUUGGUCUGCUAAAAUCACUACUCGAAAGCACCUCCACAUCUGAACACCAGAGCUCAGACACUCCAACAUCAUUGCUCCAGUUAUCACAACAGAUAUGUGCUCCAGCCAGUAAUUCAGACGAUGUACCCACUGAGGAUGCUCUCUUCACAUCUGAUUCAGAAUAUGUCUCUCCCCCUAAUGUGACGGAUGAUGAAGAUGAAGAGACUGAUAUUAGUGAUUCUGAACUUAUGAAACAGGACAACCUGGCCACUAAAUCAGAGAAGGGUCCUGAAUUAACAGAAGCCUACAAUAAGUCACUGUGUGUGUCACUGCUGCGGUUGCCCAUUUCUUUUUCUGCCUCAGGAUCAGAUCUGCCUCAGUUUCACAUUGUUUCCAGUGGCCAAACAGAUGAAAUCCUGCUUCAGGAGAUCCAAGAGGGCCAGUCAGGGCAGAUAUGUUUCAGGAUCCCUGCUCCACCAGAUGCUGUCUCACUGUCACGGUCCAGUACUCCUGACGGCCCCCAGCUCAAUGACCUGCUGGACUGCGCUGUAUGUUUAUCUGCUGGGGCCACACUGAUUUGUGCAGAAUGUGGGAGAAGCUUUCAUACUGACUGCCACGUGCCACCAGUCCUCGUCAGACCCAUUGUGGUGUGGGUGUGUUCCCUGUGUCAGGAUGUAUUUGAUGACACUGAUCCAUUUAGUUGUGAUAGACUGACAGAGCCCUACCUCAAUCUGCAGGACCAGAGGAGGUGUGAGCAGCUCUUGCUCACUUUGAUGUGUGAGGAACACAGCUACCUGCUCUACAAAGCAACAAAGCGUACCGCAAGAAGUGUGGAAUUUGAUUUUAUUCGUGGACGGCUGCUGGGAAAACAGACUCCUCCAUACCGCUCUGCAGCUGAACUCGUCUCAGAUCUCUGGGCUCUUUUUGACAUCUUGUUAGCAAACUCCAAGAGGAGAGACUUCGUCAUCAAGCUUCAAAAUUCAUUCCAAGAGAGACUUGAUGUGGCCUUCAGUAAGAGCCUCCAUGCAUCUCUCCUGAGGCCUCCUGGCAGUGAGGAGCAGAAGAGGGCGCCAGAGAGUGAGCUGGAAAAAGACAAGGCCAAAAGUACUCUUAAGAGGAUGAGGGAGUUUUUAGCUGCGAGCUCUGCUACAGUAUCAAAGAAACUCUGCCCUGAGAAGUCCACAGAGAAUUCUCCUGUUUCCCAAGUCAAAGAAGACUGAAAUGUUUAUGUACCUGUAGGUUUACAUACAUCAUUAUUUCUGUAUGAUGCAUUGUAAUCUGGUUUGAACCUGUUUUGUAUGUUUUCUGUAACUUUGUUUUACUAAGAGUAAAGAUGCACUUUAUUACUUCUA